AUGCUGAGUUCAUCUGAGAUGGCCGAACACAUUCGGGAAUUCAUGGCCGUCAGUGACUUUCCCCAAGCUGUAGGAGCCCUCGACGGCUGCCACUUCCCAGUUUCGCCGCCACAAGAACAUGCCACUGAUUACUAUAAAUACAAGGGGUGGUACAGCAUUAUUCUCCUGGCGCUUGUAGACCACAAGUACCGUUUCAGGUUUAUAAAUGUUAGUGCCCCUGGAAGAUGCCACGACUCUCAUGUGUAUCAAAUGUCGAGCCUCUCCGGCAUGGUUGAGGGACCACUUUUCAAGGCUCCAGUUGUUACAAUAGAAGGCGCUGCCGUGCCCCCUCUGGUGCUCUGUGACCAGGCCUUCCCACUUACACCUAACCUCAUCAAGUCAUUUGGACACAACACCCCACUUAGUGCAGAGCAGAAAAAAUUCAAUUACCACAUCAGCAGAGUGGGACGUGUGGUAGAAAACGGCUUUGGAAGGCUUAAGGCAAGAUUUCGCUUCACAUUGAAGCGAAUGGAAUGCGACAUUGCAAAUGCUCGCCUCGUGAUUUGCGCAUGCUGCGUGCUCAACAACAUUUGCGAGCAUUUCGGCGAUGCUGUUCAGCUUCAAUGGCUCCAGGAAGUGAAGCAGUCCGACUCCCAACUGCCCCAACCAGGACGUAGCAGCGAUUCACAGAUUGGGAAUGCAGUCAGUGUGCGUUCUGCACUUGCGGAACACUUCAACCAGAGGAUGCAGACCCAGGCAGCCCGCUCCUAG